AUGGAUGACUCAUUUGUUUUAAACGGGCUUGACGAAAUCUUUCAAGAAAGUGAAGUUGAAACGAAGACCAUGCCAGAGUAUAAAUGUUCAAUCUGUGAUUAUUGCACCGACAAGAAAGGUAAUUUAACGCGACACAUAUAUGUACAUGAUACGAAUGGUAAAAAGAAAGAUGACAAAAAGCGGUUUACGUGUGAAAUAUGUGAGUAUAACACUGGGAAGAAAUACAAUCUAGAAAGACAUAUAAAGGAUCAUGUUGAUACAGACGAAAGUGCAAGUAAAACUACAUUGAUGUGCGAUGUAUGCGGAAUGCAGUUCUUGUCUAAAUUUGGAAUGGCCUUGCACACAAAAAAUGAGCAUUUAAAACAAUUCAAAUAUGAAUGCCAGAUUUGCAAGAAAGGAUUUAAUCAGUUGCUUCCAUAUAAGGGACACGUAUCAUCGAAUGUUAAACACACUAAACAGAAAUGGGAGAAAUGUAACCUGACUUUUCAACAUAAAAGCAGUUUAGACCGCCACAAAAAGACUAUACAUGAUGACGUCAAAUAUGAUUGCGCCGAAUGUGAGCAACACUUCACUAACAAAAGUCACCUCAAAGAUCACAAGAAAGUCGUUCACUGUGACCGAAAGCUUCAAUGUGAUAAGUGUGUCAAGUUUUAUAAAUGGAGGCCAGGCCUUAAUCAUCAUAAGAAAACUGCGCACAAUUGA